GACAAGGUGUUGGCCUUGCAUUUUGCAGAGAAUGAGUGUUGGGUGGUGGACACUUUUUGCAGCUGCCUUUGCCGCUGGAUUUCUCUUCUUUCAUGGUUUUGCUGCCACUGACACAGCUCCAAACUAUUCAUUCGUGCAUAAUGCGACGUCAGCUCCAACGGUAUCAUAUUACGACUACAUUGUUGUCGGUGGUGGCACCGCCGGGUGCCCAUUAGUCGCCACAUUAUCUCAAAAAGCCACCGUCUUGCUCCUUGAACGUGGUGGCUCCCCUUAUGGUAACCCCAACAUAACUAAAAUGACCAGGUUUGGAGCCGCCCUCUCCGAUCUUUCCCGGUCAUCUCCUUCACAGCGGUUCAUCUCUGAAGAUGGCGUGAUUAAUUCACGGGCACGGGUGUUGGGCGGCGGAAGUUGUCUCAAUGCAGGGUUUUAUACACGCGCCUCCACCGACUUUGUCAAGCAAGCUGGUUGGGAUGGACGAUUAGUAAAUGAGUCGUAUCAAUGGGUGGAGAAAUUGGUGGCAUUUGAGCCACCAUUGGGACAAUGGCAGUCAGCAGUAAGGGAUGGUUUGCUGGAGGCUGGGGUGUUGCCAUUCAAUGGCUUCACUUAUGACCAUAUUUAUGGGACCAAAGUGGGUGGAACAAUCUUCGAUCAACAAGGGUUUCGACACACAGCUGCUGAUUUAUUGGAGUAUGCUAAUCCCAGUGGACUCACUGUCCUUUUGCAUGCUUCUGUUCACAAAAUCUUGUUUGCAGUUGAAGGGAGAAAAAAACCGAAGGCUCGUGGAGUGGUUUUUAGAGACGCAAGAGGGGCAAAGCACAAAGCAUAUCUUAAAAAAGGAUCAAAGAAUGAGAUUAUUAUAUCGGCCGGAGCACUGGGAAGCCCACAGCUGUUGAUGUUGAGUGGAGUCGGGCCUGCAGAACACCUCAAGUCCCACAACAUCAGACUGGUGCUUGAACAACCACGGGUUGGUCAAGGCAUGUCUGAUAAUCCCAUGAACGCUGUGUUUAUCCCGUCUCCUAUUCCAGUUGAGGUUUCGCUUAUCCAAGUAGUUGGUAUCACUCGUUUCGGAAGCUAUAUUGAAGCUGCCGGCGGUGAAAACUUUGCCGGCGGUGCUUCCGCUCCUAGUAUGUUUUCACCAGAAGCCAUAACCGAAGCUGUCGAAUACAGGAACAAUCUUCAGGAGGCAGCACUUAGAGGUGGAUUCAUCAUAGAAAAAGUCACGGGACCGAUUUCGACGGGCCAUUUGGAGCUUCGAACACGAAAUCCGAACGAUAACCCAUCAGUUACCUUCAAUUAUUUCAAGGAUUCACGAGACCUACAAAGAUGUGUCCAAGGAAUUCAAACCAUUGAGAAAAUUGUUGAAUCCAAGCCUUUCUCUAAAUUCAGAUAUGACUUUCUGUCUUGGCCGGUACUUCUCAAUAUGACAGCCAAUGCUCCGUUGAAUUUGUUGCCCAAACAUUACAAUCCUUCGAUGCCAUUGGAAGUAUAUUGUAAGGACACUGUGAUGACUAUAUGGCACUAUCAUGGAGGCUGCCAAGUUGGUAAAGUUGUCGAUCAUGACUACAAGGUACUUGGUGUGGAUUCUUUGAGGGUUAUCGAUGGAUCCACGUUCAGCGUCUCGCCUGGGACUAAUCCUCAGGCCACCGUAAUGAUGCUUGGAAGGUACAUGGGGGUGAAGAUAUUGCGUGAAAGAGUAGCCAAUUAAGAAUCCAAGCAACUGAAGUUGGUUCGAUUUUCUUUGUUUUGAUUAAGAACUGAGUAUUUACUGGUGCAAAAUUUGAGGUUUAAACCAUAUGUCAUGAGUAACAGUUAUGAAUGCUUGACAUUGCAAAA